GUUAUUUUUAAAAUAACAGUGGCAGGAUGUUUUUCUGGCAAUUUCUGUAGAUUUUGAUAAAAUAUUUGAUGUAUUAAAUAUGGGAAAUGAACUCUAUGUUGAACAGUUUUGCUUGUUUAACUGUUUUCUCGUUUUCUGUCUACAUCAUCUUACGUAUUGUGUCCAGAUCUUUCUCUGCAGUGCCCAAGAACGAAGGAAAGCAUGUGCAAAGCUCAUCUGUCAGGAAUGUUGACACGCAAGACAUACGCAGAGAUAUGGGCUUUUAUGAAAGUUAUCUAGCAGAUUUAAACACACUUUAUGGCACUAAGGUUUAUGCUGUAUUAUCACUGAAGUCUGUAGUAAAUCUGAAACGUCACAAUAUAAAAAACACCCUACUAUUGCUAGCUAGGAAACAUCCUAUACUUCGAGCUAGGGUGACAAGUUAUCACAAUACGCAUGCGUCAACGAGGCAAUUUGUUAUCAACACAGAAGAAAGAAGUGUUCCAGAAUUAAGAUUUGUAAAUACAAGCAAUUGGCAAAUGAUACUAGAAGAAGAAUUGAUAGGUAACAAUGAAAGAUCAAAUGAUCAACUCUUUUGGAAGACCAUUGUGACACGGGAACAGUAUGAAGCCAGACAAAAAUUAUACAUUAAUACUUUACUAUUCUUAUUUGAUCCUGUUAUUGUUGAUCGGAUCUCAGUUGUAAAGUUUACACAAGAUUUUGUUGCUGUGUUAUGUCAGCUGGUCAAUUGCGAUAUUCGUGUGGAAAACACAAAAACUGUACAUUUGCCAUCACCAACAGAGGAAUGUUUGAGACCACCAUUUCCAAAGUUGUUGGUUUCAGUGUUUAAACAAGUUAUUAUGAAAUUUCAAGGCUUCAUUCGAGGUCCAGUAUCUAGUCAUCAGAAAGAUAAAAGGUGUAGGUUUCGGGCUAUUAAGCCUUUGAUAGUUAUGAAAUGUCUAUCCGAACAAGAUACAUCUAGGCUAUUGAAAUAUUGCCAUAAUUUAAACUGUUCUCUGAUUGCUCUGUUUAUCACUGCAUGGUCUGACAUCAUGUCUGGUCGCUCAGGUAGUGCGAGGGCUUUAUGUCACAGAAAACCUGUUACAGUAGUUGUAGAUUAUCGGACAUCAAUGACAGCUGAGUUACCACAGUCGUAUCUUAGCAAUAGCAGUUCAUGUUUUCAUCUUUAUUUGUUUGAUCCACAGAAUAACUGUAGAUAUUUUGGAUCAACUGUUAGAGAUUGUGAAAAUCUGUUGAAGUCAUCCAUAAGGAAGAAAAAACACUUGGACUUGAUAUGGCAGCUUAAAUAUGACAAUUCAAGGACAGAUGAAUCAUCACCUUUCGAAAUAGCAGAUAUUGGAAGAUUUAGUUUUAAUCAAACAUGGCCAUUUUCACUGCAUGAGGUUUUCAUUGGUGCAAGUAGCCGAUCAACCGUAAACUUGACAUUAUUAGUUGUUAACAACAAGUUAUAUUGUGGAAUGCAUUUAAAUUCACAUUUCAGUGGGUGUGCCGAUUUAUUAAGUGCCUUGUUUGCUAGGAUUGUACAGAUGAUAUGUCAUUGAAUAUUUAAUACAAUGUUUUAUUAUGUACUAUAUUAUUAUAUAUGCUCAAUUUUUGAAAUAUAUUGCCAUCUGAUUGGCUGAAAAUUGAGCCUUGAUUAUCACGUGAUGCACCACUAUUUUUUCAAUCCUCAUUCAGGGACUGGGUACGAGUCAACUUAAAUAUUAGAAUUGUACAGUAUAUUUAUGUCAGUUUGAUUUGUGUAGCCUAUAUGUUUCGAGUGCAAUUUCGAUACAAACGGACAAAGCGUGAUUCCCAAGCUGAAGGACGAGUGUCUUUCCAGGUGUUUGAAAAGCAAAAAUACAUGUCUGAUUACGGUAGAAAGUGUUUAGAUUCAAGACUACUCAGUCCUGGCUACUGCAUUCUCAACUACGAACCAACUCGGCGAUCGAAUUUUCCAACAUAAGUGUUUGCUAUUAUAUUUAACCACAAUGUCGAUGAUUUGAAAGUUUCAGCCUUGCAAGUUCUUCAAUUAUUUGUAAACUAUUUGCAUUUAUUAUUUUACUCUGUCUAAUGCCAGACGAUUGUAGUAAUAAUAAUAAUUAACUAUAUUUUUACAGGUUAACUUGGUCAGCUAUAUUAAGCUGCUAUAAAUCAAGGACCUGUGUUUACGAUAAAAUUUAAAUAGAUAAAAAGUGUAAAGCUCCGUUUACACGAGCAAAUUUUACAGUGACAAAUUUCAUAUGUGAAAGAUAUUUUGCUCGUGUAGAUGAUACAUUUGUGACAAAUUUAUUGUGACAAAUGCAUUUGAACAAAAGCUAGCAUGCUAGCUUUUGAUCAAAUGCAUUUGUCACAUUAAAUUUGUCAUAUAAAAUUUGCUCGUGUAAACGGGGCUUAAAGCUUCAUAUUUACAAAAUGUUUCGAAUAGUUAUUGAGAAUAGUGUUCAAUAAAAAGUGAGAUGUCUCUAAUUUACGAAGCGUUUCUAACUUUCUAACAGUUAAAAAUAAUGUUACAUUGUUCCCCAAAUCUCAGUAAUGAAGUUUCUUUUGUUAGACUGUCUGGUAGUUUGUUGUAUUGAACUGCUCCUUGGAAUGCAAAUCGUUUCCGUGCAGUUUCAGUUCUAACUUUUGGCAAUAGCAGUUUGUUGUUAUCUCCACGGGUGCCUUUUCCAUGUG